AUGAAAACUCGACGAACAAAAGUUGAAGCGAAGUCUAUUACAAUAACAGCUGAAAGAUUAUCUGACAAUUCUCAUAUAACAUUUAAUAUAUCAUCCGAUAAAACGAUUGAACAAUUACGUGCUUUACUAAAUCAUCAUUUACCACCAUUAUUACCUAAUAAAUUUGAUCUAUAUUCAUAUCAACGUGGUGCACUUAUACAUUUUCAUCCAUCUUCAUUUACACUCGAUUAUUUUCCAGUUAUAUUUGAUCAAUCUGUACUUUUAUUAAAAAUGGACGAUCGUCUUGUUAAUAGUACCGAUAUAAAUACUUAUCAAAACAAUCAAAAUAAAUUACGAAAAGAUUCAAAAAAAAAUAAAUAUGAUUUAUUAAAAAAUUUUUUUCCUUCAAAAACAGCGAAUAAUACUGUAACGAAUUCUACAGAACAAUCAAUAUCAUCAACGACUGUAACAUGUUUCUCGUUAUUAAAACAAAUGUUUCACCAGUCUCCAUCAAAUAAUGUAAAUACAAUUAAUGAAACAAAUAUAAUAACUUAUUAA